UACUAGCACGUCUAAAAUAUUUGAUCUACCUCGACUAACUGUGUUUAUUUAUCGAAUGUACUGAUGAUGGAGGAAGUAAAAUCCGGACGGGGAUGAAUCUGUGCUGUCUGUGUACUGAGUAAACCGAUGUAAACAGUCAGGGGCGGACGGGAAUAUAGGAUGCUACUGAUUCAGCAAGUGCUUCACUGUUCUCGUUAACCGUCUGUUUUCAGCGAGUGUGCAAGAAAUUCAACAUUUUUGUUCCGAAUUCAGGAAGGCAGACGAGCACGCAGUUCUCUACUGAUAUCUGAACACACGGAACAGCAGCUGCGUGGAUUCGUGAUCUGAAGUGCUCUGAGGUUAUGUCCACCAUGGUAUACCCACGGGAGGAGGCUAUGGAGCGACUGACUCAGGAUGAGAUCGUGCUGAACACGAAGGCGGUGAUGCAGGGAUUGGAGACACUGCGAGGCGAGCACACUCAGCUCCUCAACUCCCUGCUGGACUGCACUCAGACCCCCCCAGCACAGGAGAAAUCGGGCGUGCUUCGCAAGAGCCUGGAGGCCAUCGAGCUGGGUCUGGGGGAGGCGCAGGUGAUCAUCGCUCUGUCAGGUCACUUAAGUGCCGUGGAGUCAGAGAAGCAGAAGCUGCGAGCGCAGGUGCGACGUCUAUGCCAGGAGAACCACUGGUUACGGGACGAGCUGGCCAGCACACAGCACAAGCUGCAGAAGAGCGAACAGAAUGUAGCUCAGCUCGAGGAGGAGAAGAAACACCUGGAGUUCAUGAACCAGAUCCGAAAGUUAGACGACGAUGCCACUCCUUCUGAGGAGAAAUCUGCUGAGAAGGAAAAGGACAACCUGGAUGACCUGUUCCCUAAUGAUGAUGACCAGGGUCCAGCUCAACCCAGUGGUGAGGUGGCAGCACAGCAGGGUGGGUAUGAGAUCCCGGCUCGGCUCCGGACGCUGCACAACCUGGUGAUCCAGUACGCCUCUCAGGGCAGGUACGAGGUAGCUGUGCCACUCUGCAAACAGGCUUUGGAGGACCUGGAGAAAACCUCAGGGCAUGACCACCCGGACGUCGCCACCAUGCUCAACAUCCUCGCCCUUGUGUACAGGGAUCAGAAUAAGUACAAGGAGGCAGCUCACCUGCUGAACGACGCCCUGGCUAUCCGUGAGAAGACUUUGGGGAAGGAUCACCCCGCCGUGGCUGCCACUCUCAACAACCUGGCUGUGCUAUACGGGAAGCGAGGCAAAUACAAAGAGGCCGAACCUUUAUGCAAGAGGGCGCUGGAGAUCAGGGAGAAGGUUUUGGGGAGGUUUCACCCAGAUGUGGCAAAGCAGCUGAAUAACCUGGCACUGCUGUGUCAGAAUCAAGGAAAGUACAGUGAGGUCCAGUACUACUACGGCCGAGCUCUGGAGAUCUACGAGAGCAAACUGGGAACCGACGACCCCAAUGUGGCCAAGACCAAAAAUAACCUUGCUACGUGCUACCUGAAACAGGGCAAGUUUAGCGACGCAGAGGCGCUGUACAAAGAGAUCCUGACCCGUGCACAUGAGAAACAGUUCGGCUCUGUCAACAAUGACAACAAGCCAAUCUGGAUGCAUGCAGAGGAGAGAGAGGAGAGCAAGGGUAAGAAGAAGGACUCUGGUCCUUACGGAGAGUAUGGCAGCUGGUACAAGGCCUGCAAAGUGGACAGUCCCACAGUCACUAACACACUGAGGAGCUUGGGGGCACUCUACCGCCGACAGGGCAAGCUGGAGGCUGCUGAGACUCUGGAGGAGUGUGCUACAAAGAACCGCAAGCAGGGGAUAGAUGCAAUUAACCAGAGUAAAGUACGGGAGCUGCUGAAGGACGGCACCGCUGCUGGAGACAAACGGCAGAGCAGAGAGAGUCUGAACAGUACCGGAGGUUUGAGUACUGAGGGAGACGAGGCUGAAUGGAGUGGGGACGGAAACGGCUCUCUGCGUCGCAGCGGCUCCUUUGGGAAGAUCCGGGAUGCUCUGAGGCGCAGCAGUGAGAUGCUGGUGAAGAAACUGCAGGGCAGCGGCCCACAGGAACCACGCAAUCCAGGGAUGAAGAGAGCAAGCUCACUGAACUUCCUGAACAAGAGUGUAGAGGAGAGCUCACAGGAGGCAAACAGCGGCCUGUCGGAUUCUAGAGGACUAAGCACCAGCAGCGUGGACCUUUCAAGACGCAGUUCUCUAAUUGGUUAGGGAGUCAUGUUGGGGUAUGAGAGUGAAGAAGCUGCAGUCAACAUCGGUUUGCCUUGUGCAUUUCAAUCAAAACUAUUAACUACAACAUCAUUUAUUGGCGAUUUUUUUUGUUCGAAAACAUUAGAGCAAAAUCAAAGCCUUCAUUUAGAACAUGGCUAGUGUGUAGCCACGCCUGCUUCAUUAUAUACCUGCACUGAUUCCAUAUCACGCAGCAGAUAAAUAGGGGUAGAGAAGCAUUUUACUGCACACUUAUUAACCAGAGUCUGAAACUGCACUGUUCUUCUAAACACAAAUGUAAAAACAGGAGUAAAUGCAAUCCAGCAUGCUGCUUUCUAAACCUCAUAUCUGUCUGCACCUAGUAGCAUCUCAUGGCAUGAUCCUAAAAAAAUCUAAUAAAAAUUAGAGUAGCGUAUAUAUCAUACUGUAGGGACUCAUACAAGCGACAUGCUUUUGUUUUGUAACUGCACUGUUAAGGAUGGACUGGUCGCGGUUACAUAAUGUUAAAAGCAAACAGUGCUGAUUAGAGAUAAACAGACUAAUGAAACAAGCAGCAUUUUUUUAAAAGUCCACUGAAUUUGGGACACAUAGUAAACUGUCAAGUAUC